AUGAAUUCAUUACAAAUUAAUAAAUUGUUCAAGUGUUUAAUUAAUAUAUCGGAGAAUUCGAAUUCAAAAAAAAGAUUAUUAUCGUCAACGUCGUCGUUGUCAUUGCAACAAAACUUGAAUUUGAAUUCUUCGCUUCUUUGUCAACCAAUUUUCAAAAGAAAUUUAUUUCAAAUUGCAAUUGAUGGACCCGCCGCUUCAGGAAAAAGCACCACAGCAAGAUUAGUUGCUCAACAAUUAAAUUUCGAAUACAUUGAUUCUGGUGCUAUGUAUAGAACGAUAACAUUUGCUGCUUUAAAAGAAAAUUUAAAUCCAACAUCCUUAAUAGAUAGUUAUAAAAUAAUCAAUAUAGCGAAGACAAGUAAAAUUCAACUUAUUACUAUCGAUAACGGUACACCACCAUUAGCUCAUACCUCACCUCCACAACCAUUAUUACCUAAAACUCGUGUUUUAUUUAAUGAAGAAGAUAUCACUGAGAAAAUCAUGUUACCAGAAAUAACUAGAAAUAUUACAGGAAUCGCUUCAAAUCCUGGUGUUCGUGAAGCUUUAGUUGUUAAACAACGUGCAAUGGCUGAAUGUGUCGUUAUGGAUGGACGGGAUAUCGGUACAGUAAUAUUACCCAAUGCGCAUUUAAAACUUUUCAUAAUAGCUGAUCCCAAGAUUAGAGCGGAACGAAGAUUAAAGGAAUUAAAAAGAAUAAAAAAGAUGGAAAAUUUAGAAAUGAGUGAAGUAUUAGCGGAUUUAUUGAGACGAGAUAAAAAUGACACCGAAAGAAAGAUUUCACCUUUAAAGAUGGCGGAUGAUGCCAUUUUAUUGGAUACUUCAGGAUUAAGCAUUGAAGAACAAGUUGAAAGAAUAAUUAAAUUGGCCUUAGAGAAAAUGAGAAAAAAUAUUGAAUAUCUUAAUGAAAAUAUUGCUAUUUCACCUGAAGAAAAAUUUAUGGCAUAUUUACCUCAUAGUGGAUUCAAUAAUCAACGUAUUGCACUGGAAAAUGCUAUAUUUCUUUCAUGGUAUUUAAAGAGAACAUUAAUUGUUCCUCCAAUAAUUUAUUUCAAGAAUAUUAGUCCUUUUGGCAAACAAAGAUUUCAUCCACAUUAUUCUCGUCUUGCUCAGUUACCUCUUGAUAAGAAUGAAUUUAUAGAUUGUCAAGAGAGGAAAAACAAAACGCACGUUUAUCAAUAUUGUGUUGAUGCAUUAUAUACUUUUUAUAAUUGGGAAUAUUUAUUUAGCUUUAAAUUUAUCAAAGAAAAUAUACGAAUUAUUCAUCGAACGGAUUUCUUACAUCAAAAUUUAUUAAAUUAUUUAAAGAUUACAUCCAAUAAUCAAACAUUAAAUAUGACGAAUGAUCAAUUUAAGUUCACCCAACGUUAUUAUGAUAAUGUUGAAUCAGUUGAACCAUUAAAUGAAUUUAAAGAGAGAGUAAACUUACAAGAUUUAUUAAGUAAAUCAGAAAAAUUAAUUCAUUUUGCAAGUGUUUAUUCAAUUAAUCGAUUAGUAAUAGAAUUACCAAAGAAUAAAAUAUUUUGGAAUGAUUUAAUACAUGAUAUGAUUCCAAAUAAUCCAAUUAUUCUUAAAAUAGUUGAUAAUAUAGUGAAAAGAAUAGGUGGAAUAAAUACAUAUUUCGGAGUACAUAUAAGAAUAGGCAAAGGAUUUGAAACAAGAACAGAUACCAGUAUUAAAAAUAUUACUCGUGACAUUAAAUUAGAUUUCUCUGAAACAGUUGCAUCAAUGGAUAUGAAAACAACAACUUUAAAUCCACAUUUUAAUAAAACUUGUUAUCCCGAAUUUACUUCCAAAUAUCCUAAAUAUCCUAUAAUCAUUUAUUUAGCCACAUUUGUAAGUAGAUAUCAUAAAUCACUUAAACCAUUUAUGAAAGAAUUUCCUUGUGUUUAUGUAUUGAAAGAUUUUAAGCAAGAACUUGAACCAAUGAAAAUUAUAACAAAUCCUAAAGAUGGAUUGAAUAUGUAUGAAUAUUUCACAUCAUUAGUUGAUAUAUUAGUGGCAUCAAAAGGAAUCAAAUUUUAUGGAACAUAUCUCAGUACUGCUUCUAUGUUAGAAUCCAAAAAAAUGCCAUUCGGAAUUUCAUAUGAUAUCGUUUCUACUUUGGCACGUUGGAGCAUUCAUGGAUUUUAUAGAGAAAUUCGAAUAAUGGGUUACGAAAAUGUUCCAAAGGAAGGACCACUUAUUGUAUGUUGUACUCACAAUAAUAUGGUAGUUGAUCCAGCAAUUUUGGCUACAACAUUUCCUCACAAAAGGAAGAUUCAUUUAUGGGCAAAGAAUUCUUUGUUUUUUAAUAAAAUAUUUAAUUACAUAUUAUAUAAUGGUGGAGUAGUACCAGUAGAUAGAACCACAAAAAAUAAUCAAGCAUUAUUUGCUGCGACAUUUGAAGUAUUACAAAAAGGAGAAAUUGUUGCAGUAUUUCCAGAAGAAUUCAAGGAUGGUGCUUCGUGGGAAAAUAAAAAGAAACAAAAUGAACCAAUGCCUGCCAGUAUUAUACCUUGCGGAAUAACAUAUGUACAGAAAUCAAAAUAUAGGAGUUUAGUGAUAAUCGCAUAUGGACGUCAAAUACAUGUUGAACCUUACAUCAAAGAUUUUGAAACUGAUAACCGUACGGCAGUAAAAAAACUAACAAAACGCAUCCAAACUGAAAUGGAAAAAUUAACAAUAAAUGCACCUAAUUGGGAAAUAUCAAAUGCUGCAACAAUGACUAGAUUAUUGUUGUUUUCUGAUGACAAACUUCUUUCACUUGAAAACUUUGUACGAACCACUCAAAGUUUAAUUAAUUUUUAUACAAAUACAACUUCGGAUGAAGUUAUAUCAUUGAAAACAUCACUUAAUCAAUAUAAAACUGCUUUAGAUGAUUUUAGUCUUUUAAAUGCGGAUAUAAAAAGAUAUGAAAAACAUAUUCUUUCUAUAACCCGAACUUUUUAUACAUUGAUAUAUGAAUUAUUCAUAUUUUUGAUUCAAUUACCAUUCUUCUUACCGGGAAUAAUUUUUCAUUGGCCAAUUUAUGUGUUGGGUAAGAUUUCCGUGAAAUUUGAAAAAUAUGAAGAAUCGAUAGCACAAAAUAAAAUUAUUUUGGAACUCAUUGCAUCCUUUAGAUUAUUUGCUGCACUCUUUAAUGGAAAGGGUAGUAAAUCAAGAGAAUUGGUGGAAAGUUUAGUAAUAAAACGUAGACAAUGUUUAGACGAGUUAACACAAAUUAGUAAAGAAUAUAGAAGCAAAAAUGAUGAUCUUAGAUUUGUAUUGGAAUUUAGUGAAAAGGAAUAUUAUUCAAAUGAAAAAGUGAAGGAAUAA